CCUCCGGUCCAGUAAGUGGCGCACCAGCAGCCGCCACCCUGAACACAGCGGUGAAGAAACAGCAGCAAACAAACGACAAUGGGUCAAAACCAGAGUGGAGGACCUGGCCCUGGAGGGGGAAAGAAAGAUGAUAAAGAUAAGAAAAAGAAGUAUGAGCCUCCAAUUCCCACUAGAGUUGGAAAAAAGAAGAGGAAGACAAAGGGGCCUGAUGCUGCUAGCAAGCUGCCUUUGGUCACCCCCCACACACAAUGCCGGCUGAAGCUGCUGAAGCAGGAAAGGAUCAAAGAUUACCUUCUGAUGGAAGAGGAGUUCAUUAGGAACCAAGAACAGAUGAAGCCCCUGGAGGAAAAACAGGAGGAGGAAAGGUCCAAAGUUGAUGACCUGAGAGGGACACCUAUGUCAGUUGGAACUCUUGAAGAGAUCAUUGACGACAACCACGCCAUAGUGUCCACAUCAGUUGGCUCAGAGCACUAUGUUAGCAUUCUGUCCUUUGUGGAUAAAGACCUUCUUGAACCAGGCUGUUCUGUUUUACUGAACCACAAGGUACAUGCAGUGAUUGGUGUGCUGAUGGAUGACACGGAUCCUCUAGUGACUGUGAUGAAAGUGGAAAAGGCCCCUCAGGAGACAUACGCUGAUAUUGGAGGUCUAGACAGCCAGAUACAAGAGAUUAAGGAAUCUGUUGAGCUUCCUCUAACACAUCCCGAGUAUUAUGAGGAAAUGGGAAUAAAACCUCCUAAAGGAGUAAUUUUGUAUGGCCCACCAGGCACAGGAAAGACUCUGCUGGCUAAGGCUGUGGCCAAUCAGACAUCAGCCACAUUCCUGAGGGUCGUGGGCUCAGAGCUGAUUCAGAAAUACCUGGGCGAUGGCCCCAAACUGGUCCGAGAGCUCUUCAGAGUAGCAGAGGAACAUGCUCCUUCCAUAGUCUUCAUUGAUGAGAUUGAUGCUAUAGGAACAAAGAGAUAUGACUCAAACUCUGGUGGAGAGAGGGAGAUCCAGAGGACCAUGCUUGAACUCCUGAACCAGCUGGAUGGAUUUGACUCCCGUGGUGACGUGAAGGUCAUCAUGGCCACCAACAGGAUAGAGACCCUCGACCCCGCCCUCAUCCGUCCAGGGAGAAUUGAUCGCAAGAUAGAGUUCCCCCUGCCAGAUGAAAAGACCAAGCGCAGAAUUUUUCAGAUUCACACCAGCAGGAUGACUGUGGCAGGCGAUGUAACGCUAGAUGACCUCAUACUGGCUAAAGAUGAUCUUUCAGGCGCUGACAUAAAGGCCAUUUGUACAGAGGCAGGACUUAUGGCCUUGAGGGAGAGGAGGAUGAAGGUGACAAAUGAGGACUUCAAGAAGUCCAAAGAGAAUGUGCUGUACAAGAAACAGGAAGGGACCCCAGAGGGACUGUACCUUUAACUCUGUGAUGGUUAAACUUCAACCAUUCCCUACUGAAAACACUCUGUAUUUUUUAUGUUACGUUUUCUUCUGUUUGAGCCAGCUGUUAUUUCUUUCUCAUGCAAAUAAAAUUACUGCAUUUCA